AUGAAGGAAGAGUGCGGACUCCGAGACACAGUGUACGGACUCCGAGACACAGAGUGCGGACUCCGAGACACAGUGCACGGACUCCGGACUCCGAGACACAGUGCACGGACUCCGAGACACAGAGUGCGGACUCCGAGACACAGUGUACGGACUCCGAGACACAGUGUACGGACUCCGAGACACAGUGUACGGACUCUGAGACACAGUGCAGACUCCGGACUCCGAGAGACUCCGACAGUGCACAGACUUCGUGCACGGACUCCGAGACACAGUGCAGACUCACAGGACUCCGAGACACAGUGUACGGACUCUGAGACACAGUGUACGGACUCUGAGACACAGUGCACGGACUCCGAGAGACAGUGUACGGACUCCGAGACACAGUGCACAGACUUCGGACUCCGAGACACAGUGCGCAGACUCCGGACUCCGAGACACAGUGCACGGACUCUGAGACACAGUGCACGGACUCCGGACUCCGAGACACAGUGUACAGACUGCAGGACAGAGUGUAAGGACUCCGAGACACAGUGCACGGACUCCGAGACAGUGUACAGACUCCGGACUCCGAGACACAGUGCACGGACUCCGGACUCCGAGACACAGUGCACGGACUCCGAGACAGUGAACAGACUCCGGACUUCGAGACACACUGUACGGACUGCAGGACAGAGUGUAAGGACUCCGAGACACAGUGCACGGACUCCGAGACAGUGUACAGACUCCGGACUCCGAGACACAGUGUACGGACUGCAGGACAGAGUGUAA